AAGGAAAGAAACGCAAAGCUGUGCACGAUUUUCGCUCCGCUCCUUCGCAACAACAAUCAAGAAGCCAAGCCAAGAUCGAUCGAAACACACGACCAGCAACAAGUGGCGCACUUCACAGAACACACCCACCAGCCACGCACGCCCCUGCAAGCCAGCUAGCCCACACGACCACACGACACGCCAGCCACACCACCAGCCAUGGCUUCGAAGGAUGUGCUCAUCAAGACUCUUAUCAUUGGAGACACCCAAGUUGGAAAGUCACAACUCGUCAUCCAAUACGCGGAUCAUACGUUCUCCGAUACGUACAUCGCCACCAUCGGCGUCGACUUUAAAACCGUGGUCCUAGAAGUUGACGGAAAGCAGAUCAGGCUUCAGAUCUGGGACUCUGGUGGUCAAGAGCGGUUCCGCAGUCUCAUCUCAAGCUACUUCAGGGGAACGCAUGCUGUUAUCAUCGCAUAUGACACCACCAACAAGGAAACAUUCGACAAUGUGCGCAAGUUGUGGCUCAAAGAGGCUGAGAAAUUUGCUGCACCCGAUGUCGUCUUGAUGCUCAUGGGCAUGAAGAGCGACCUUGAAUCAGACCGACAAGUCUCCACAGAGGAGGGAGAGAAGUUUGCUGCGAAACAUGACAUGCUCUUCGCCGAGACCAGCGCAAAGAGCAACACCAACAUCUCAGCCGCCUUUCAAACCCUCGUCGAAGGUGUUCUGCACAAAGGCGACGAGGGCCCAGGGAACAACAAGUCCGGCAAGAAAAAGACUAAGGACGCCAAGAAGACCACGGCACAGACGGCCGAUGAGCGGGCGCGGCAGCAGUACUUUGAGGAGGUGAAGGCGCUGAUGCAAGCGAUGGCACAGAAUGGCGACGAGCAGAUGGCGGCGCGGGCGAAGCUGAUGCUGGUCGGGCAGGGCCGCGCAGGCAAGACGACGACGCUGCGCUCGCUCAUGGGGAAGGCGUUCAACAAGAACCAGCACUCGACGCAGGGCGCCGCCUCCGAGGACAUGGCCGUCACCCUCGACUCCUUGGAAGUCUCCCACUGGAAGGCAGUUGACGAGGGCCUGUCUGAGGUUGCGCGGAGUCUGCGGGACACGGCGCUGGCGCAAAAGGCGGGCAUGGACGCCGAGCUGCAGGAGAAGAUGGAGGAAGCGCGACGCAAGUUUGAGGAGCGCCUGCAGAAGCACCAGCAAGCACACGACACGGGCACCACUGGACCUGGCUCGGCCCAAACGGACGAGAUGAAGAGUGGUGAUGGUGAUGGUGCAGAGGAUGAGAAGGAGGAGGAGGAUGACGUUGACACGGCACUGGGAGACGACGGGUGGGAGAAGGCGAUUGCCGACCUGGACAUGGACGCGACCAUUGGCGAUGGAAAGGCGCAGGUCACGUUCAAGAUCUUUGACCUCGGCGGCCAGUCCACCUUCUACGUCUUUCACCCAUUCUUCCUCACAGAGUACGCGGUGUACCUGCUGGUGUUUUCCAUGGAGGACCUGCUGAGCAAGGACGAGAACAAGCAGACAGAGACGUGGGAGUUUAUUGGCCACUGGCUGUCCUCGCUGCACCUGCACGCCACGAGCGCCCCAAUCCUGAUGGUGGGCUCUUUUGCUGACGCCGUCAAGAAGCGCAAGCAGCACGAGCACAUCUCGCGCGACCUCUUCAACCGCUUCAGCAGCAACCCGGCCUUCCCUUCUGUCGUCUUCAACACAGAGGGCGACCUCUGGUUCUGGCCCAUCGACAACACCAAGUCCAUCAGCGACCCCAUGAUACAGGACCUGCGCCAGACCAUCUCCUCCACAGCACUAGCGCAGGAGUACGUGAACCAGAAGGUUGCGUUGCCGUACCUCCACCUCUACGAUAAGCUGAUGCAGGUUGGCAAGGAGCAGGGCAGCCCGCUGCUCACGCUCGAUGAGGUGGUGGAGAUUGCGCGCACGUGUGGGCUGCAGGGAAGGAGGGAGACGAAAGCAUGCCUGCAGUUCUUCCACCUCUACUCGAUGGUGCUGUACUACGACAGCGUGCAAGGCAUGGAUAACUUCGUGAUCCUGAGCCCGCAGUGGGCGGUGGACACCAUGUCACGGGUCAUCCGCAACUUUGACCUGCACCGGGAUGUGCGGGACAAGGAGGCACUGCGGCUCGGCACGGAGCUGUGGAGCGACCUCAUCCACGCGGGCAUCCUGCACCGCCGCGUGCUGGACGUGCUGUGGAAGGACAUGGACAGCGCGCUGGUGGUGCCGUUUCUGCGCCUCAUGAUGCGGUACGGGCUGUGCAUCGAGUACACCCCGCCCAAGCUGAUGGAAGGCAGGAAUGGUGCAAACAGCAGCAGCGGCGGCGGCAACUCUGGUCACGGUGCACAGCGCAGUGGCAAGGCAGGCAAGCGGCGUGCCCGCAAUGAGCAGCAGCAGCAGCAACAGCAGUUUCUUGUGCCUGCGAUCCUGCCUAUGACGAUUCGUGGCGGGGGCAAGCAGGGCAAGGCAACGGCGGCAGCAGCAGCGGUGUCGCUGAGCACGACAGCAGCGCAGCACACCAACGCCUACAGCGGGUACGAGGAGAAGACGGCGUUCAUUGUGUUCUUCCUGCGGGAUAUCAAGCGUGGUGCCAGCGUCAAGGUGGACGACAUUCAACACGCAUCGUUCCUGCCCGAGGGACUGUUCACCGUUGUGCUGGCCCACGUGAUGGCGCAUGCGCAGCACGGUGCAUCACAGGAGCCCAAGCUAAGCCGCACGCACGCCAUUGCAUUCCUGGAGUCAACCAAGCUGGAGCUGCAGCUUGUGCCGGCUGUUGGCGGCAUCAAGAUGAAGAUCACGAGUGCGCAGCCGCGCGCCAUGCUACACACGCUGUACACGACCAUCUGCCAGGCGGUGGCGCGGCGGUACGCGGACCUACAGAGUCGGCUGCUGCUGCCGCACGAUGACGCAACGCUGCUGUACUACGACGACGUGCUGCAGCACCACAAGAAUAAGAAGGACGUGUGGGUGGACGAGGACCUUGUGUCUGCCAAGAUGCUUGCCACCAGGUUUGGCCCGCUGCUGCCCAUGCUCGGGCUGCAGGACAAGUACGACGUCUUCAUCAGCUACAGGCAACAGGCCAACAGCGGUUUUGUGAUGUCGCUGCACCCCAUGCUGGAGCAGCACGGGCUGGUGGUGUUUCUGGACGCCAACAACCUGGAGACGGGCCUCAACUUCAAGCUGUCGUUCAUGACGGCCAUUGGACUGAGCCUGGUGGCCUGCCCCGUGGUCUCCGCGGGUGCCCUUGCGCGCAUGCGGACGCUGGCCACGGAGGACUACUGCGACAACGUGCUGCUGGAGUGGAUGACAAUGCUGGCGCUGCGCGACCAUGUGCACGCACACGGCGACGACCCAGCACAGGUCCGGCUGCGUCGCAUUGUGCCGCUCUUCCUGGGGAGCGCGUGGCUCAACAGCAACAGCACCAGCGCGAGCAGCGACAGCGGCAGCCGUCUCGCGGGGGAAGGCAGCACUGGCGAUGGGGGCGGGGAUUCCUUUGGCGCCAUCCGCGAUGUUGCGAUGACGCUACCGGACGUCGUGAGCAAGGAGACGGCUGCGUCGCUGGACCAGUACUUUGCGCAAGUGCUGCACGCGCCGCCGCCCAGCAAGCACCGGAGUGUGCGGGAGACCGUGCUGGCGCUGUUUGACAUUGACGCCGUGGUUGGCGUUGGGACGCAGGGCGGCGGCGACAGCAGCCGGGCGGUGCAGCUGCGGUCGCACGCGGACACGGUGCGCAAGGUCGUGGCGAAUGCGCGGGAGGAGCACGCCGAGAACGGCGGCGGCAGUGAUGGUGGUGACGAGGGUAUUGAUGGUCGUGGCCGUGGUCGUGGUCGUGGCAAGGCAGGAGGCAGCAGCCAGAGGGCAACCGGCGGUGCGGAGCAAGCACCUCGUGGUGCGGCGGCGGCAAAGGAAAGGCAGCAGGGUGCACGCCACACAUCCUCAGGCGGACCGCCACGCGGCUUUGCGAUGAAGCGUGACCUGGAGCAGUGGCUGGCGGAGCUGGAUGUGUUGGAGGACGUGUACGAUGCGUUUGCGCAGCUUGGCAUCAAGACGUUUGACAUGCUUGAGCUGCUCGUUGAGGCGGGGGACGUGACGGCGGCGUCGCUGCAGGGGCAGGGCGUUGCGGUUGCGCCUGCGCGGCUGGUGGUGCAGCGGGCGAACCAGCGCCGCCGUGCUGCACGCGGCGCGGCACCAAAGCCAAGGGUCUGCAUGCUGAUCUAGCGGCAAAGGGGAGGGGGGGCGAGGAAGCGGAGGAAGGGCGUGUGUGUGUG